UAGAUAUAUAGGUAUAACUGCGGUACAAGGCGGAGCAGUUCGUAUCAAUUCGGAGUCUUAGUGUCAAAAAGUCGACUUUCAAAACUACUAUAAUGCCAUGUGCAAUUUAAAGUGUUCAUAUAAAGAAAAUAACCGCAAAUAAAUUUCCUAUAAUAAUAAUAUAAAAAUAUAUUAGCAAAUACGAUUCCAAAUAUAUUGUCGAAUUUAUUUUUAUAACAUGUUUCAUUAAGUUAAAUUUCACUUAGUACAAUUAAUACCAACAAUUGAAUUUUGAAAUAAAAUAUUUAAUUUUUUAUUUUUAGAAAAAUAAACAUAUAGUAGAAAUCAAUCUACCUCUAUUUUAAUGAAAAAAAAAUAAAAACACAUUGAAAAGAAAUCUACAUCUAUUUGAGAGAAGUAAAAAAAAAAAUAGAGGAGUGCAUUUCAAAAUGGUAAUGAUUUUGCAACUCUGUUAGAAUAUCAGUACAACUGUAUAGCCUAAAAGAAAUGAAAUAUCUCAACAAAGAAAAUAAAAGAAAUGAAAUAGGCCAAAUGGAACCACCAAUCAGAAAGAAAUUCAACCAAAUCAAAAGAAUAGGGCCAAAUGGAACCACCAAAUAAAAAGAUUUUAAUGGACCAAAUGGAACCACCAAAACAGAAGUUCUGUUCAACCACUUGAAAGAAAAACAGAGAAGGGUGACAAACCAUAUUUGCAUCAUUCGUCCCCAAACUCUUCCACUCUUUGCACAUUCGCCCCCAAGAAAUUAUAUUCAGUUAUCUUCUGUAACCGGAGAGAAACAAAACAAAACAAAACAUUUGAAUCUCAAAGAGAGAGAUCAAAAAGAAAUGAGGAGAAAGCAAUCGUAUCUUUAGUUUCCCUUUUAAGAAAACAAAAAUCGAAUCUUUCUGGGUACAAUUAUCACCUUCCCUCUUCGUCUACUCUCGAUUAUUAUCUUCUUCUUCUGGGUUUGUGUUUUAUAAGAGAGAAAGAGAAAGAGAGAGAGAGAGAGAGUCUCCUCCUCUAGGGUUUGAUUGUUUAGGUCCGUGGAGAUCAAGAAACUAACUAGGGCUCUAAUGAAAGUGUAACAAAAAUGGGUGAAAACGAGAGCGAGGCGAAGAUGGAAGGUUGGUUGUACAUAAUCAGAUCCAACAGAUUCGGUUUGCAUUUCUCCAAAAAACGUUACUUUAUCCUCGCCGACCAUCUUCUCAAGAGCUUCAAGUCCAUCUCCGAUUCCAAAACCAAGGAUGGUGGAAGAAGUGCGGUGAUAGAUUCGUGUAUCCGUGUUACUGACAAUGGAAGGGAAAGUGUUCAUAGAAAAGCAUUCUUCAUUUUUACACUCUACAACACUUCAAAUCACAAUGAUCAACUCAAGUUAGGAGCAAGCAGUCCUGAGGAUGCAGCUAGGUGGAUCAAUUUGAUUAAAGAGGAAGCCUUAAAGGGCUCCUCUAAUCCAGGAGAUGUUUUUAGUUGUUCCAGGAGCCGAUGGGAUUCUCUGAGACUGAGUAGCUCAGUUCGGGAACAUCACUCAAAUUCUAUUGACUGGACGCUUCGGUCUUCUGCACGAGUGGAUCCUGUUACCACUACUGAUGUUGUUGCGCCUUCUCCAUGGACAAUAUUCGGUUGUCAGAACGGUCUUCGUCUUUUUAAAGAGGCAAAAGAGAGAGAUUCUCUUGGAAGGUGGGACGAUCAUCCAGCUAUCAUGGCUGUUGGGGUUGUUGAUGGAACCUCAGAAAACAUUUUCCAGACGCUUCUUUCUCUUGGACCCUCAAGAUCAGAAUGGGAUUUCUGUUUUUUCCAAGGCAGUGUGGUCGAGCAUCUUGAUGGUCACACCGAUAUAAUUCACAAACAGCUAUACAGCGAUUGGUUACCUUGGGGGAUGAAAAGAAGAGACUUUUCGCUGCGGCGUUAUUGGAGAAGGGAAGAUGAUGGGACAUAUGUGAUUCUCUAUCAUUCUGUAUUUCACAAGAAGUGUCCACCUCAGAAAGGCUACAUCCGUGCGUGCCUUAAAAGUGGCGGUUAUGUGAUUUCUCCCAUAGACAACGGGAAACAGUCAGUUGUGAAGCACAUGCUUGCUGUUGAUUGGAAGUCCUGGAGAUCUUAUGUGAAACCAUCUCUAGCUAGAUCUAUUACUGUGAAAAUGCUUGGAAGAAUCUCAGCCCUGAGAGAGCUGUUUAGGGCGAAACAUGGAAGCUUUCCUUCAUCAGGGGAGUUGUCAAGAAGUGCAAGGCUGAAUCAAAACGAAGAGAGUGGCUUUGGCGAAUCUUCUUCUCUGACAGAAUGCGAAAUGUACAAGGACCCCGCUAAUGAAGAGAGAGACAAAUUUCCCUCAGAGCGCUCUAGCCUUGUGGACUUGAACGAUGGAGUGGAUGAGUUUUUCGACGUUCCAGAACCAUCCGAUAAUGACCACUUGGAUGACAACUGGGCCUCGGAUUUUGACUCGGAUACAUACUCUCAGGACACCCGCCAGCCAAAACUAAACAGCGCUUCGAGUUUAGUGAGAAAAAUACACGAUCUUGCAGUUCAAAAGAGGGGUUAUGUUGAUCUGCAUGAGAGGGCGAGGGAAGAGAGUAGCACGCCUUGCUGUUAUGGAACCACGCUUCCAACUGAUCCUACCUGUGCCUUGCCUUGUAGCUGGACAACAACUGAUUCUUCUACUUUUCUCAUUCGAGGAAAGACUUAUCUAUCAGACCAGAAGAAAGUCACGGCAAAGGGUACACUGAUGCAAAUGGUGGCUGCAGACUGGCUAAAGUCUGACAAGCGGGAGGAUGAUUUGGGCUCCCGUCCUGGUGGCAUAGUUCAGAAAUAUGCAGCAAAAGGUGGACCAGAGUUCUUUUUCAUCGUGAAUAUACAGGUUCCAGGAUCAACAACGUAUAGCCUUGUGCUUUAUUACAUGAUGAGCACUCCAAUUGAAGAGCAUCCUUUGCUAGUUAGCUUUGUUAAUGGCGAUGACGCAUAUAGGAAUUCACGGUUCAAGCUCAUUCCUUACAUAUCCAAGGGCUCUUGGAUAGUUAAGCAGAGUGUGGGAAAGAAAGCAUGCCUUGUUGGUCAAGCUCUGGAGAUCAAUUACUUCAGGGGAAAGAACUACAUUGAGCUGGGCGUUGAUAUUGGUUCAUCAACGGUUGCGAGAGGAGUUGUGAGUCUCGUUCUUGGUUACCUCAACAAACUCGUGAUUGAAAUGGCAUUCUUGGUUCAGGCAAAUACCGAAGAGGAGCUCCCGGAAUAUCUUCUUGGAACAUGUCGGUUAAACCAUCUAGACGCAUCUAAAUCAGUUCCCGUUGUUCCACAGUCGUAGCAGUACCACAAGUUUCAGAUCAAAACAUUCUUUGAAAUCCAUUGAAAGUCAUAUGCACGAUAGGUUAUUUUGGUUAUGUGCUUAUGCAACUCAGAUUUUAUAAAGUUCUUGGUGGUACUCUGCCAAAGUUCUUUGUAUAGACAUAGCGCUUGUAUCUAUCAUUGUCCCAAUACUUAGCCUCAUUGCUUGUGGAUUCUACUACUAUUGGUUUAUUCCAUUGUUUGUUAUGAUUUAGCUAUCACCCAAAUUAUAAAAUAUGUGCAAGCUUGUAUUUGAUCCUGGCACUGCCACAAUAAAGAUCAUUUGACAACA